GACACCAACCGAGUUACUUUCCAAGAGUUGCCGCCAAAUUGGUGACAAGUUGCGGCAGUAGAUUGACAGAAAGUUGCGGCCAACUUGGUUAUCAGGGUAGAUUUUACUCAAUUUAUUUACAACUGUUGUACUGUAAAAAUUUACGGCAAACUUGAUGUCAAGUUAACUGUAACUGAUGAAAUCCAACUACUUUAAAUCAAAGCGUGGCUAUCAGGGAAUUCAAUAUCAUGAUUACCACGUGUUAUUGAGGCUAAUAAAGUAUAAAUUAAAUUUAUUUUGUAGUAAACGAAAUACCGUGAAAUUCAAUUAUUUCUACUUUUUUAAUUUUUGGUGUUAGCAUAGCCAACCACGUGUUACUUAGACCGAAGUGUAAAUCAAAUUCAAAUUAUAGUGACGAUAAUACAGUGAAAUUAUUCCUGCUUUUUACUUAUUUGUGCUUCAUUAUUCAAAAUUCUAUAAUUAUAAAAUAUAUACAUUCAAAUGCCACCGAAAAAAUCUAACCUCAACAACGCAAGCACCAGAGAGGCACGACGCAAACGUGUUAAAAGAGCUCAUCAGUUGGCAGAACAAAUCGAAACAGGAAAUACAGCUCAAAGAAUCAAGACAGAAUCAGCAGAAGGUCGUGCACAAGAACAGCCUGAUACACGUCUGCAACAGAAUAUUACGGGAACAAGAGCGGCACAAGAACAAAACAUAGCUACAGUACGAGUACAGGAAGGAAAAUUUCAAUAUAUACAUGAUUGGAAAGUUGGAGACAAUUCAGACAUCAGUCAAGGAUUCAAGGAUCCUGAUAUUGAUUACCCUAUAGAUAUUGAGGACGUGAAGCUAGAGAAACUUGAAAAUUCAUCAGAAGAUAUUGAUGCACCCGAUUUUAUAAGCAAUAAUUUGGACAGUACCUGUUUAAAAGAAGAAUUAUUCCCUGAUAAUAACAAAAGUUCAUUAAUUGCAAUGGAGAAAAAAAAUGAAAUCAAAAUUUUGGAUAAAAAUUCAGGAAGAAAUAUAAAAAUUUACACUUGCGAUGAUUGUCAAGCGACUUUUGAUAAAAAGUCAACUAUGCAGACGCAUAUUAAGACUCAUCAAGCAGACUUGUCUCAGAACAAAGCUCCAGAAAUUGAGUCGGAGGACAAGCCAUAUUCUUGUGACGUCUGUCCUUCAAAGUUCCGUUUCGAAAGAUAUUUAAAACAGCACAAGCGAAUAAUCCACACGGAAAAAAAGCGUUUCUCUUGUGUCAAUUGUUCUUCAGCAUUCCGAACAAGAACUCACUUGAACAGACACAUGAUUUGUCACUCGGGAGAACAACCUUACGCUUGCGACAUCUGCAGGUCUCAGUUCCGGCGGAGGGGUAGUCUAAAAAAACACAUGUUAAUUCAUAAAGAAGAAAAACCUUACCAGUGUAAUAUUUGUUCGUUGAAAUUCCGGCACAGAGAUUACUUGAACAGUCAUGUUAGAAUCCACUCGACGGAAAAACCUUUUGCUUGCAGCGUUUGUUCCUCCCAGUUCCGCCAUAGAAGUACUUUGAACAUGCACCUCAAGAGCCACGAGCAAGAGGAACCUUGUGUGUGUGCAAUUUGCUCCGCUAAGUUCCGGAACAAGAAGAACCUGAGGGAACACAUGAGGAUUCACGUCGGAAACAAACCUCAUAAAUGUGUAAUUUGUUCCGCGAGGUUCUUGAAGAAAAGUCUUUUGGAAAAACACACCCGGGUUCAUACUAAGGAACGCCCGUUUUUAUGUAACGUUUGUUCCUCGGAUUUCCGGCAGAAAAGAGCUUUGGAUCAACAUAUGAAAGUUCAUUUUAAUUAAAAAGCUAUGUGAUAUUUGUGAAAAAUAUUUUCUUUAGAUAAAAGGAAAUUUAUU